AUGUGUGAAGGGCCAUCCUGGAUUUCUGGACCCGUUCCUCCAGACCCUCCAGAGUAUUACAAACACCCCUUCUCAGGUCGAGGGAGGCUAGAAGGAGAUGCUCAGAAGCUGAAUUUUACCUCUAGCCUCCUGGACCUGGUUCCCAACCGAUACCCCACUUUGGGCAGUGCCCACCAGGCCCAGCCAGCUCCUCGCAUCCACCCCAGUACAAAGGACUUCCUGGAGUCAGAACAGAAGGGAACACUUGGCCUCUUGCUGCAGCUCAAAGGGGUCUCCCUCGACGAGAGGCUGCCUGUCAAGAGGAAAGAAUCCAAGGACUAUGUGAAGGAAAAUGUGAGGCGGAUAAGGGAGAUUCAGAAGAAGUGCAAAGAGAGGGAGCAAGCCCAGGAACACAGCCAGCCCAAGCCUGUGAAAGCUCUGUGGAAAUCCCAGAAAUAUGAAAAUGUAGAGUCAAAGGUGAAGGCCAAGCUGCAGGAGAGCUCCCCACCUCCAAAUCCUGAGGCUAUGAAAUUAUUGAGGGCAUAUUCUCGCUGUGGCCCUGGGGUCAAGCCGUGCAGAUCACUCUCCCCAGGACCUGUCAGAGCAAAAGCAGGAGCAGACACUGAGGUUCCAGAGGAACAGAGUGCUGAAACCAAGGUCCAGGUGGAGGGCAGGACGACUGACUUCAUCAAGCACAACGCCCUCAAUGCCAAGCGGGCCCCGCUGCGGCGCUCCCCGUCCCUGCAGGCACUGUCCGAGCUGCUGGAACAAAAGCGCCGGGAGCAGGAGGAGUACAACACCAAGCAAAAGGGUCACGUCCCCCAGUACCUGCUGGAGAGGAAGGAGCUGUGGCGCAGACAGAUGGAGCGGCUGCGAAACCUGCCAGAUUCUCACACACCACCUGGCCAUACCAUGAUGCCAGAGGACCAGCGGCUGGAGACCCUCUGCAAUCUGAAGCAGAGCCAGAAGCAGCUGACAAAGGACCUGGUGACGCUGCCAGUGCGUGUAGACACCCUCAGCAUGCAGAAGAGGCGAGAAGAUCUGGAGAGGAAGCUAUCUCAGAUAGAAGAGGCCAUAAACAUUUUCUCAAGGCCCAAGGUCUUCAUCAAGUUGGACUCCUGA